AUGAGUGAUAUUACACACGAAAUAGGCGAACUUGGAGAAUUGAAUGACUUAUUGAAUGAUGUAGUUCGACGAUAUCAAUAUCUUCAACAUGAAACGGAACAAAAACAGCAUAAUUACACUCUUCAAGUCGCCGAGCUUCCUAAAGUUCAACGCUUCGCAUUCGAAGAAUAUUUGGAAAAAAUUAAAUCAAUUCAAAUGAAAAUUUCGGAUGAAUUAGCAGGGAAAUGUGCAGCUGAGUCAAAAUAUCAUCGAUUGGAGAUGAAAGCCAAAGAUGUUCGACGAAAGAAUGCUGAAUCACAAAUUGGUUAUCAUAAAAUAAGUCGUCAGAAAAUUUUAGAAGAACAAGAACGGAAGUUGCAAAGUGAAUUGGACGUAUUGAUAGCUCAAGAUCAAGAAUUAGAUGAAAAGCAGAAAAAGUUGAUGAUAGAAAUUGAAAAAUUAUCUCGAAAGAUCGAAGAUAUUGAAAUUGGUUAUGAACAGGAAUUGAGCAAAUUAGUAUCACUGGUUUAUCAAGUAUCAGCCAUUGAAGACAAUACAUCUCUAGUAACACAAAUUCAUGAUUUGGAGUGCCAACAAUUGGGGCAAAAACUAUCAACAGUCACCAUCUAUGACAUUAAUCAAUUUGCUCGAAAACAAAAACAUGAAACAUUAGUAAAAGUAGAAAAUUUCUAUGAUUUAUUGCUUCUACGACAAAUGCAAACCGAUGAAAGAAGAAUGGUGGAAUGGUUUGAACUAAAAAAAAAUGAAUUAGACCACAAUCAUCUAGACAUACCGUCAUCACGCGGACCUGGACCAGCGCCAAAUAUUAAAGACAAACAAAAAGAAAUUGAUGAUUUUCAUGCAGAACUAAAUAAACUGAAAGAUGAACGAUUAAAAUUGACUAUUGAAUUGAAAGAUUGGGAAACAUCAAAUCAACGAAAUGACGAUUAUUAUCAAGUACAAGUUGAACAAAAACAACAAGUCAUCUUUCAAAUUCGUCUUAAAGUUGGCAUCAUUAUAAAAAAGAAUAUAUCCUUGCAAAAUGAACUCAAUAUCUAUCGAUCAUUAUUGCAAGCCUAUAAAAAUCAUCACGACGAGGAGGAUUUCACUGAAUUCAGAUCAGUUGAACAUAUAGGUAAGUUCACACUUUAUAGAAGCGCUCAUCAUUCAAUUCAUACUCUCUAAAAAUAAAACAGCUUCAUUUUAAAUAUCCAAAAAUAGAAGAAAACGAAUUUUGAUUUUUGUUACUAAUACAAAAAUGUGUAGAAACAGUUUCAUUAAGCCGCUCUCAGAUUUCUUCGUAGUAACCUCUUUUGACAAGCGCAAUAACCAUCCAGAAUUCCAAUGAGUUGAAUAGAAAUAGAAAACUCUUUUUAUUUACUAAAUUCUCUUUUCGGAUGCUGUUUCACAGUAUGUUGUUUCUUAGAGAGUAACAAUAGUAAACAUAGACUGUGUGCAUUUUUGUGGUAUACGCUACCUUGUUCUUUCAUUUUUUUUCUCUUAUUCGAAAAUUUUUCUUAAUUUGUUCUUGAAAUACUCCUUUAGAAACCAAAACUUGAGAUAAGACAUUUUUAAGAUAAAUCCUAUUUUUUUGCUCGUUCUGUGAAACUCUUUGCGUAAACAUAACUACACUAGAAUGCAGCUCUAUAUAUAUUUUGAGAUAAAUUUUUGACAUCUGAUGGAUUUCUCUCAUAAGUUGUUCAGUAUUCGAGUUUUUCGUUUGCGCUUCUGCAGUCGAGUGGCCGCGACUACGACACCUGGUACUUUUCAUAAUAUGUCCGCUCGGGGUUACUCUGGAAAAUACAAAGAGCAAUUUUGCAAUCGCCGUUAAUAUGAAUGGUGUGUCUUCUGUUAUGUAAAAACCUAAUUAUUUUAGCGUAAUUAGCGAUUGAAAAUAUUUGUUCAUGGCAUUCGAUUCCUCACAAUCUCAGGAACAUAUGAAACUCAAACUAUGUUUUCCAAUGAAAGAUGCCUGAGAUACUUUGCAAGUUUCAUGUCAUUCAGAAAAUGAAGUUCCAGAAUUUUGACAGAGACAGUGCAGUUCUGUUAUAAAUAUGAAUAUCCCUGUUGUACAGCAUGAAAUACAAAUGUUGUUUCG